AUGGCGGAAGGGUGGGAAGGGCGCGAGAGACAGGCAGGACGCGAGAGACAGGCAGGCCGCGAGAGACAGGCAGGCCGCGAGAGACAGGCAGGCCGCGAGAGACAGGCAGGCCGCGAGAGACAGGCAGGCCACGAGAGACAGGCAGGCCGCGAGAGACAGGCAGGCCGCGAGAGACAGGCAGGCCGCGAGAGACAGGCAGGCCGCGAGACAAGCAGGGAGAGCCCGGGGAGGGAACGGGGCCAAAGGGCCCGGGGAGCUGGAGAGGAGGAGGAGGUGGAGGGAGCGGAGGAGGAGGUGGAGGGAGCGGAGGAGGAGGUGGAGGGAGCGGAGGAGAAGGGGGAGGGAGCGGAGGAGAAGGGGGCGCAGAGGGGAGGGGGCGCAGGGGGAGGGGGCGCAGGGGGAGGGGGCGCAGGGGGAGGGGGCGCAGGGGGAGGGGGCGCAGGGGGAGGGGGCGCAGGGGGAGGGGGCGCAGGGGGAGGGGGCGGAGAGGGCGGGGGCGGAGAGGGCGGGGGCGGAGAGGGCGGGGGCGGAGAGGGCGGGGGCGGAGAGGGCGGGGGCGGAGAGGGAGGGGGCGGAGAGGGAGGGGGCGGAGAGGGAGGGGGCGGAGAGGGAGGGGGCGGAGAGGGAGGGGGCGGAGAGGGAGGGGGCGGAGAGGGAGGGGGCGGAGAGGGAGGGGGCGGAGAGGGAGGGGGCGGAGAGGGAGGGGGCGGAGAGGGAGGGGGCGGAGAGGGAGGGGGCGGAGAGGGAGGGGGCGGAGAGGGAGGGGGCGGAGAGGGAGGGGGCGGAGAGGGAGGGGGCGGAGAGGGAGGGGGCGGAGAGGGAGGGGGGCGGAGAGGGAGGGGGGGGGGCGGAGAGGGAGGGGGCGGAGAGGGAGGGGGCGGAGAGGGAGGGGGCGGAGAGGGAGGGGGCGGAGAGGGAGGGGGCGGAGAGGGAGGGGGCGGGGCGCAGAUGGAGGGGGCGCAGAUGGAGGGGGCGCAGAGGGAGGGGGCGCAGAGGGAGGGGGCGCAGAGGGAGGGGGCGCAGAGGGAGGGGGCGCAGAGGGAGGGGGCGCAGAGGGAGGGGGCGCAGAGGGAGGGGGCGCAGAGGGAGGGGGCGCAGAGGGAGGGGGCGCAGAGGGAGGGGGCGCAGAGGGAGGGGGCGCAGAGGGAGGGGGCGCAGAGGGAGGGGGCGCAGAGGGAGGGGGCGCAGAGGGAGGGGGCGCAGAGGGAGGGGGCGCAGAGGGAGGGGGCGCAGAGGGAGGGGGCGCAGAGGGAGGGGGCGCAGAGGGAGGGGGCGCAGAGGGAGGGGGGAGGGGGCGGAGUGGGAGGGGGCGGAGAGGGAGGGGGCGGAGAGGGAGGGGGCGGAGAGGGAGGGGGCGGAGAGGGAGGGGGCGGAGAGGGAGGGGGCGGAGAGGGAGGGGGCGGAGAGGGAGGGGGCGGAGAGGGAGGGGGCGGAGAGGGAGGGGGCGGAGAGGGAGGGGGCGGAGAGGGAGGGGGCGGAGAGGGAGGGGGCGGAGAGGGAGGGGGCGGAGAGGGAGGGGGCGGAGAGGGAGGGGGCGGAGAGGGAGGGGGCGGAGAGGGAGGGGGCGGAGAGGGAGGGGGCGGAGAGGGAGGGGGCGGAGAGGGAGGGGGCGGAGAGGGAGGGGGCGGAGAGGGAGGGGGCGGAGAGGGAGGGGGCGGAGAGGGAGGGGGCGGAGAGGGAGGGGGCGGAGAGGGAGGGGGCGGAGAGGGAGGGGGCGGAGAGGGAGGGGGCGGAGAGGGAGGGGGCGGAGAGGGAGGGGGCGGAGAGGGAGGGGGCGGAGAGGGAGGGGGCGGAGAGGGAGGGGGCGGAGAGGGAGGGGGCGGAGAGGGAGGGGGCGGAGAGGGAGGGGGCGGAGAGGGAGGGGGCGGAGAGGGAGGGGGCGGAGAGGGAGGGGGCGGAGAGGGAGGGGGCGGAGAGGGAGGGGGCGGAGAGGGAGGGGGCGGAGAGGGAGGGGGCGGAGAGGGAGGGGGCGGAGAGGGAGGGGGCGGAGAGGGAGGGGGCGGAGAGGGAGGGGGCGGAGAGGGAGGGGGCGGAGAGGGAGGGGGGGGCGGAGAGGGAGGGGGCGGAGAGGGAGGGGGCGGAGAGGGAGGGGGCGGAGAGGGAGGGGGCGGAGAGGGAGGGGGCGGAGAGGGAGGGGGCGGAGAGGGAGGGGGCGGAGAGGGAGGGGGCGGAGAGGGAGGGGGCGGAGAGGGAGGGGGCGGAGAGGGAGGGGGCGGAGAGGGAGGGGGCGGAGAGGGAGGGGGCGGAGAGGGAGGGGGCGGAGAGGGAGGGGGCGGAGAG